AUGGACCCUCAUAGCCUUAUGGCAUCGGCAGCCAUAAACAUAGGGUUGGCCCUAAUAAUUCUAACGCUCUUCUCCAUGCUGAAGAAGCAACCUUGCAAUGCUUCCAUAUACUAUGCUCGCUCUCUCUCCCACCGCCACCACGUUCCUUUCCACUCUCCUUCUUCGGUGCACCGUUUCCUUCCUUCAAUCUCGUGGAUUUCUCGCGCGUGCACCGUCACCGAAGACCAGAUCGUCCAAGCUCAUGGCCUCGAUUCUCUUGUCAUCAUCAGGCUCUUCAAAUUUGGUAUUAAGUUUUUUACAGUGUGUUCAGUUGUUGGGUUGGUGGUACUUCUCCCGAUUAAUUAUGGUGUCUCGGAGGUUCAGAAUGGGAGCUACUCUACAAUGGAUUCUUUUACAAUAUCUAAUGUUAAAAGAGGCUCUAGAAGUAUGGGAAAUGUUGCACUUUUGUGGAUUUCAUGAUUUUCAAACAGGCUUUGGGUUCAUUUUGCUUGCUUGUGUUUUAUAUCUUUCUACGGGAUGUACCUGCUGUAUAAGGAAUAUGAUGAAAUGUUGAUUCGAAGGAUCAAGCAAAUUCAAAAUUUAAAGCAAAGACCUGAUCAAUUUACUGUCUUGGUUCGUGAAAUUCCAUUAUGCAAUGAGCACAAGACUCAUGGCUGUUGUGUUGAUCAUUUCUUCUCAAAACACUAUCCGAACACUUACUUUUCCUAUCAAAUGGUGUACAGCACAGAAGAUCUUGAGGAGUUGGUGAAUCAAGCAAAGUCUCUUGCAAGAAAAAUAGAGUUAAAAGAAACUUCGCGGGCCAGGAAACAUAAGAUGUUGUCACUUUUAAGUUUAUCACGUCAAGAGACUUCAGAAGUAGCUUUGUUAGAGGAAAAGCUUCAAGCACUUAGUCACAAGAUUCACCAGUUGCAAUGCAAAGACAUGCUCCAGAAAAAGGAGUUGCCUGUUGCUUUCGUAACAUUCAAGUCCCGUUCUGCUGCUGCAGCAGCAGCUCAGUUGCAACAGCAUUCACAUCCACUUCUUUGGAUCACUGAACAUGUCCCAGAACCAAGGGAUGUUUCAUGGAGGAAUAUGAAAGUAUCCUACAGAGUAGUGCCACUUUAUAGACUAGGUGUUCUCAUUGCUGCAUCACUACUUACGCUUUUCUUUGCCAUUCCUGUUACUGCUGUUCAAGGAAUAGCCAAAUAUGAGAAACUGAAGAAAUGGUUUCCUCCUGCCAUGGCUGUGCAGUUGAUACCAGGAUUAAGCUCUAUAGUGACAGGAUAUCUUCCAAGUGUUGUCCUAAAAGCAUUUAUAUACAUUGUGCCAUUUGCAAUGUUUGCUAUGGCAAAAGUAGCUGGAUGUAUUGCAAGAAGCAAGGAGGAGAUCAAAGCAUGCAACAUGGUUUUCUACUUUCUGGUUGGAAAUGUGUUCUUCUUGAGUGUGCUAUCAGGAUCCCUUCUUGAUGUACUUGGACAAUUUAUUAGUAGUCCUAAAAAUAUUCCUAGUCAUCUUGCCAGAGCUGUCUCUGCCCAAGCAGAUUUCUUUGUGACAUACAUCUUGACAGAUGGUUUGUCAGGGUUUUCUUUGGAAAUUCUCCAGCCUGGCUUACUAUUUUGGGAUAUUUUGAAGUCUUGCAUUAAUGGCUGUCAACGAGAGAGAAGUCCUUAUCUUUAUUCAUUGCCUUACUUUAGAAUAAUCCCUUUAACCUCUCUGUCAGUUCUAAUUGGCAUAGUGUACGCAGUAGUGACGCCAUUGUUGCUCCCAUUUCUUAUCGUUUACUUCUGUCUUGGCUAUGUUGUCUAUAUCAACCAGAUUCAAGAUGUGUAUGAAACUACCUACGAAACCUAUGGACAAUAUUGGCCAUAUAUUCAUCACUACAUUCUCCUUGCAAUCAUUCUGAUGCAGAUUACCAUGAUUGGUUUAUUUGGACUGAAGUUAAAACCAGCUGCUUCUAUAGCAACCAUUCCGUUACUUUUGUUGACAUGCAUGUUUAAUGAGUACUGCAAGAUGCGUUUCCUCCCUUCCUUUCACCAUUAUUCUCUAAAGGAUGCUUCUGAAAAUGACGAGCUUGAUGAAAAGUGUGGUCUAUUGAAUUUCCACUGUGAAAAUGCAAUCAAUGCCUAUUGUCCGAUAGGUUUACGACCAGUGAAUUUCGUGGCAUCAGAAUCCAGCUCCAUGCCAUUAAUUUCUUCAUGA